CCUACCAAAUAUACUGUUGCUUUUUUCCUUUUUUGGGGCAAAGCCAAACACUAUUCCUGCACGUAUUUGCUAGUAAUAUUCCAGCGAUCCAGUCUGUACAUUAAACUCGGCCGUUGCCUGACAGCGGCGUGGCACCCGCCCGUUUCAUCCAGAUCCCCACCGCGCGCCAAUUCGCCCACCGACGGCAUCAUUUCCGUUUGUCACCGAGAAGCUCGGAACAGUCUGGAAACUCUGAAUAGCCGCUCGGCGAGCCAAGUGGAACCGAACAGCAGCCGCACGCGCGACCAAUCCGCGCGCGAUGAUGGUGAAUUGGUGAUCCCGCAGCAAUAACCAAGGGCGAAUAGUCCGCAGUUGGUUAGCUCGGUGCUUCUUCAUCACAGGCCUUUUCUCUCCCGAACCUUGCAGCAAACAGGCCAGCGCGCGCCUUUGUGCAUGCACCCGUUGGCAGAGCGCCAGUGCGUGCGUCGCGUGGCCCAAGCCUGCGGGGUGCGAUCGUCGUGCCGGCCACCGCGCACGUCGCCGUCGGCAUGGCAGGGUUCCUGAUCAGAGUCUACAGCGGCUGGGGAGUCGAGCUCGCCGCCGUCUCCCUCGCGGCCUUCCUCCUCCGGUACGCCGUGGUGCCCUACGUGAACCACCUGGUCGCCAGCCUGAGCGGCCUGAGCGGGAUGGUCGCCAGUGAGGCGGUCGUCGCGAGCUACUGCUACGCCUCGGGCCUCGACGGCGCCACCAUCUCCCGGCUGCCAUGCUUCGUGGCCGGGCGGCCGGGCGACGCUGCUGCCGUGGCCACGAUGGACUGUCCGGUGUGCCUGGGCGCUGUCGAGGAAGGGGAGACGAUGCGGGCGCUCCCGGUCUGCCGGCACGCAUUCCAUGCGCGGUGCGUCGACGCCUGGCUGCGCCUGCGGCCGACGUGCCCCGUUUGCCGAGCGACGUUCAGCUGACGUUGAGGCCAACGCGGCGGCCACGGGGUCGCGGCACAGUGGAGUGGGUGCUUGCGUGCAAUUUGAGCUCUGGCUGACGAAAUGGGACGCGGAUGUCCGUAUCCUCCUGCAUUCGGGCCGUGUGGACACUUUUUUUUUACCACGAUAAAUUCCGAAAGUUCGGAUUUAAAGCAUUUUAUACGGAAAAAAAAAAUUAUAGCAACUUUAGUUGACGCGAGGCGUCACCUUUAGUUAUUCAGACAUGGCAACUUUAUCCUAGUUCGUUUUUUGUCAGAAAAUUGUUAUGUUUACCAACCUCACAUGAACUAAAGUUGUCAUGAAAAAGA